AUGCUAACUUCCGCGAUAGACAUAUCUGCCUCCCCCUCCCCCGCUUCCUCCUUCUCGGAGCGUGCGGAGUCGUUCGUCGACGCCGUGCUAGGCACGGCCGACGACGGCUCCGCCGCUGCCGCUGCUCCUGCCCGCGCCCCCGCUCCCGCCCGCGCCCCCGCGACCGCGCCUACCGCCGCCGCCUCUGCCUCUGCUGCGCUGGCCGCCCUUACGUCGCCCUUCCGGGUAACGACGCCGUCCCCGCCGCCGGCCGUGACGCCCGGCCCCUCUGCCCCCGCCUCCGCCACUGCCACCCCCGCCGGAGCCGCCCGCGCGGCCCCCUAUAUGCGGUGCGCGUCGCAGGAGCUCCCCUGCGCCGACUAA